AUGGGAGCGGCCGUCCGGCCUCCACCCGCCGGCCCAGGUGUGAGCUGCGCCCCCCCCACCGCUGACUGAAAAUGGAUUCGUCCGAGCGCGCCGCGCUCCACCCCCCCAACCCCUCCUCACGGGGCGGCGGGGAAAUGGAGCGGCGCGGCCCAAUCCCUCCGCGGGGCCUCCAACGGGCGGUGGUGCGGAGCGGAUCGGAGCGGAGCGCGGCUCCCCCCAGCAGCGAUGGUGAAGCACAGACGGCGUCGCCGACGGCCGAGAGGCAAAACCAAAGCCGCCCCGCGGUCACAGCGCCCGGCGCCUCCUUGCGAUCGCGGCGCUGCCGUCCGCCCCGCCUCGGCUCACCUUCCUCCGGUCGCAGCUGCAGCCCGGCCCUCGCUCUGCCCGCUGCCUUUGCCCGCUGUGACACACGUGGUUCAGCCUUUGGCUGCGGUUGCGUCGCUGCUGUUGUGCUGGUGCCGCAGCGCCGUCGCGCAGAGUUUCACAGUGGUUAAAGAGGUGAUAUUUCCAUCACAAGUCUACUUAAGGGAGCUAAAUGCAUUCAAAGAGCAGCUGGAGAAGCUGGAAACUGAAUUUUCUAGACUACAAGGAAUACUGCAGAAGAGUGGAAUUACAACUUUGCCUGCAGAAAGCUCUCACUGUCAGAGGUGCAGUAAAACAGUUCUGGGUGCUCCUGUAGAAGUGCAGCCAAACCCUCCAUCAUCAGUUCCUGGGCCUCCUGCAGUGCAGCUGCAGCCUACAGCUGUGCCGCCUCCUCCUCCUCCUCCUCCUCCUCCUCCUCUUCCUCCUCCUCCACCACUGCCACCACCAAAACUGCCUGCAGCACCUCUCCUCCUCAAACGUGGCAACGGCUCUAAAGCACUGCUGGAGCCAUCGGUAAAAAAAGAUGCACCGAUGCACAUCACUCUCAAAGAUCUCCUGAAUGUAAAGCUAAGGAAGACAGACAGCAGCCUGAAAACAAACAAGGCAGGAUCCCCAGAGAGGACACGCAGGGCAUUAAUUACAGUCUCUGAUUUACAGAGUGUUAAUCUGAGAUCCAAAUCCAAGCCAUCAGCUCACAUUACAAGCUCCUUAAUAACCCCACCUAAAAACCAGUUAGAUCUUCGGAAACAUCUUAAGAAAGUCAAUAUACAAAGAAGUCCUGGUGGCACUCCACUAAAUAAAGAAAACACUGAAUGUGGGACUGGGCUGACACCCAUUAUGACACAGGCACUGCGGCGCAAAUUCCAGAUGGCACAUCCGAAGAGCCCCUCACCGGCCCGGCUGAGCACUGCCAGCAGCUUUGAUGAGCACAAGUAAGGUUUACACAGCAAUGUGUUUUCAUUAAUGGUCAGGGAGCUCCUUGGAUCACGUUGUCACUGAGGCACAAUGAAUGUGUGUGAGUGCAUUUAGGAAGGGGGCAUUCUGAAAACACUAUAUCCAAAGUCUGCCCUUUUUAAAGGCAAUGUCUUUCCACUUCGUCUCAAUCUGGUUUUGUAUUUUGUAAGACAAAAUGAGGUUUUCUCAGUAUUUUAAUACCUGGCUGCUGCUGAAACAGGGACUGUUGUUCCUGGUGCUGAUUCUGCUUGUAAUAUACGUGUGUUUGUUUAUGGAAAUUCAGUAUUUUUUAUAACAAGACUGAUCUUGACAGCAAUUGCACAAAUUCCAAGCAAAGCAGCAGUUAUGCCCUCUGGUGCUCCUGAAGUGAACGUUUACAGUCUUCCACAAACAAUUACAUGGUUAAAAGCACAUGAGACAACUGCAAUAUGUAUCGCUUUGGGGCCAGAUGAGGUCACCUCUGCUAUUAAAGGCCGCACUGCUUGGAGGCGGGCAGCUGAACGCUCCCAGGGCACAGCAAUGGAGCUCACUGCCCAGCGUGGACAUGGCGUGGCCUUGGGACAGAGCCCUGCUUUACAAGGGCUGGGUUUCAGCCGCACUCGGGCCGCUUUCCCAGAGCUUGGCCAUGCAUCCUGCAUGGCUUCUGCCACUGGAGCAUCACCCCAGAGCUUCGUGGGAGGAGGAAGAGCAGCGGGGCCGUCCUGGGACUGGUGAUGCUCUGCAGGCAGUUCUGGGACCACCCUGUGAUGAAGCGCUGCCUGACACUCCGCUCCUGCACUGCUUGUCGUGGAAUAAACUCAGCUCGUUUCAAACCGA